GAAGUCAAGCUAYUGUAACUGUGACAUUAUGGAUACAAAGUACAGUACUUGUGCUUAUAGUAGCGAACAACUUUUUUCSCUUUCUUCUCUUGUGUCAGAUUUAUGUUCUGUGCCAUCUACACAUGACACAGGAAACCCAAACAUGUCACCCAAACAUGAGRAUGGAUWCUUUGAACAAAGKUGCAAUACAAGCAUGACUGACCUUGGGRACAUUAAGAAAGAAAUAUCUAGAUGUGGUUUAAUGGAUCAACAGUGCAAUAACAACUUUAUAGGAAGUACUACAGGGUUCAGGAACCAAUCAUUGGUCAGCAAUUUAGGAGCUAUUGGACAACUACUUGUGGAUGAGAACAGACAGCAGAGAAAUGAAUGCAGUGACAAUUUGAUUGACACCAUUAAACAAGAACAUGAAGACAAAUGUACAAUCAACUGUCACAUGCAAACCAGCAAUAAUUUAUCUGUUGAAGUUACAUGUAAUUCUACACAGAAAACACAAGUUUCUGAUAGUAACUUCAGAGGUUCCGUUUGUGUGCAGUGUAACAAAUGUUUUGAUUCACCGGAUGACUUGAAGAACCACAAUCAAAUAGUACACAAGGAGGCUAGAACUUUUGARUGUCAAGAAUGUGGCCUAUCAUUUAUUAAGAAAUCAAGUUUGAACAUGCAUAAAAGAUGGCAUGGAAUGGAGGAAUUUGACAAAGGGGGACCUUUCAAGUGUCAAGACUGUGACAAGACAUUUUUAACAACAACAAGUUUAAGGUUCCACUAUAAGUGGCAUAAAUGGGUGAAAUCUGGUGGAAAAAGUGCUAUGCACAAUUUAGGAACAGCCUCCAUGGAAAGCCUUUAUAAAUGUCAAGAUUGYGACAAAAUGUUUAUUGAUAAACGUAGUUUAAAUAUUCACCGAAAUACCCACAAAWUUGAGGAAUCUAACAAACAAAAAGGUGAAAGCAUGGCUAGUAAAUCCCAGAGCACAGAAGAGUUAAAAUAUGAAUUCCGAAGUUAYAAGGAAGCCCAGACRCCAAAAUAUCAUUACGUUACGAGUGAAAACAAUUUUAAAUGCCAUCUUUGUGAUGAGAGAUUUUCAAACAACUGUGCACUUCAACGUCAUUAUAGAGUACACAGAAAAGGUCCAAAAKUCUACAAAUGUAAUGAUACAAAUCCAAAACAAGCUCACAGAACUAGUCAUUCAAAGGUUGAUGGCUUUCAUUGUAUUGACUGUAACAAGUGGUUUAGCAGGAGGACUUACUUGGAUAGUCACAAUGACAAAGUGCACAAGAAAGAGCAAGCUACAUGUAUCCAGAAUUUACAGAAAAGCAAAGAUUCACAGCACCUUUCACCCAAUCGAGAAACAYCGAGUACAAGUCAUUUGAACAGUACUGAGGGCCUGAAGUCUUUACUUCCAUACUGCACUGCYUGUAGCAUGUGGUUUAGCACGAAGGAGGAAUUGGAGUAUCAUCAACAGAUAAACCACAAGCGUGAAACUAGAAAUAAGUCAGUAAAUAGACAACAUGGCAGCCAAAUGUACAGUAAAGAACAAGAGCAAUAUUAUCUACAAAGUGWGAGCAAAAAACAACAWCGACAAAGUGACUGCAUAGGACAAGAACAACGUGGUGACAACACACGAAAACAACACGGUGACAUACAUCGACAAAGCGACUUCAGACAUGUAGAACAACAUGGUUACRAUAAGAAACAACAACAACAUGGUCACAACACACAACAACAAUUCAACAGCAGUGAAAACCAACGACAAGGCGACAUYAAUAAACAGCAACAACAAAGUGACUGCAUAAAACAACUUAUUUACAGUAUAAAAGAACAACAGCGACAAGGUGGCGACAACACUAAACAACAAUUCUACAGCAGGGAACAACGACAACAAUGUGGCAUUAAUGAAUACCAACAACAAAGUGACAGCAAGCAAGAAAAAAUCUACUGCAAAGAAAACUCCAAAGAACAGAAUGACUGCCAAGAUUCUGAACAUGUUUUACAUUCACAUGUUCCCUCUGGCUUGCAAAAACAGCGUGAAAUACACCUUCAAAGUGCCAUUCCAGUUAGACUGACUACCACUGCAUCGUCCCAAGUGACUAGACCAAGCCAAGUGAAGAAUGUCAGAGUAGUUUACAAGUGCGGAAUCUGUGGCAUGUAUUUUACGACCAACCAUGACCUGGCUUGCCAUUAUAGAAGACACGUUGGAAAGUCGUUUUUGUGUACGAAGUGUAAUCGAGUGUUCUCAGAUGUGAGCAUUUUGGAUAGUCACCAUCAAGAAUGCUCCAACAACAAGCCUUUUGAAUGCAAAAUCUGUCACCAGAGGUAUGACAGCGAAGACGACCUGAAGGACCAUAGCCAAAAACACACCAAAAUCCAACCACAGUAUGUGUAUAAUUGCGAGAAUUGCUUAGAAAGUUUCGCAAAUAUUGACUCUUUAGAACAACACUGUGAAAUAGAACACACUGACUUAGAAUGCGACUUCAAAUGUGAAAUUUGUACUCGGGAAUUCAAAACUAGAUUAGGUCUGGAGGAUCAUGGAAACUAUUGCGGACCGCAUGCUAAAAACACAGGAGUGAAGUGCCCGACUUGCAAAAUGGUUUUCCUGAAAGACUGCAAUUUAUAUAGGCAUUGUCGCGGGAAGCAUAAGGAGAAACCAUUUAAGUGUUUACACUGUAGCGCAGAAUUUGAAUUCAACGCGAAUUUGAAGCGUCAUUAUCUUUAUACGCAUGGAGGAGAUUUCCCAUUUAAGUGCACAGUCUGUAGUAGGUCCUUUCUUCUGGAAUACCACUUGAUCAUACAUUCCAAAAAGCACGCCAAGAAGCCAUUUCAUUGCACUGUUUGUGGUGCAGGUUUCACGACCAUGAAAACCUUGAAGCAUCAUUUGUACAGACACACUGGAGAGAAAUCAUUCAAGUGCAUAGAUUCCAGCGCACAUUGUAUCAAGAAGUACUCGUUUAAAUGUACUAUUUGCAGCGCUUCUUUCCCUCAAAAGGACUAGCUUUUUUAACGAACAUUUGUAAAAGCACAUCGGAGAGAAACCAUUUAAGUGCACCAUUUGUGGCAAAUCAUACACGGACAAUAAACUGUUUAGGUUUCAUCAAUACAAGCACAUURGAGAGAAACCAUU